AUGAUCAUUGCGGUCUGUUGGACCUUCACUGCCCUUGGCCUGAUAUUCGUCGGUGGACGGCUCUUCGGCUGCGCCAUCCUCUCGAACACAUUAGUGACAAUCUUAGUAAGCUGGGGCAAUGGCAAACACUUCACGGUUCUCAAUCUAGAACAAAAGCAGAACACGGUCAAGUGGAUGAUAGCGGCGUACGUGCCCCGCAUCGAAACUCUGGGCUUCCCAAAGCUAGCCGUCAUCGCGCUUCUGACCCGCUUACUCGCGCCGGGAAAGCUUCAUCUCAGGUCGAUGGGAAUCAUAUGCUGUCUCUCACUGACAGCAUUUUCUGCCUUUCUUGAUUUCUACUUGGCUGUAUAUCCAGCAGUAGUGCUCUGGAAAUUGCAUAUGCGAUUUCAGAAGAAGCUGGCGCUCACGUGCGCUCUUGGAAUGGGCAUCAUCUCCGGAUGUGCUGGUAUUGUAAAGGCUACAGGUGUACCAACCCUUUCGAGUCAAGAUGUCAGCUACAUCAUGUUCAAAGGACGCAGCAUCUGGUCUCUCGCGAAGAAGUCGGGCAGCUACCAAUACAACAGCCACAGCAAGAAAAGUGCACAGCAGCAGCAGCAGCAACCGCAGCAAGACUCGAUCGAAUUAAGGAGCAAACCUAGGAAAAAGGUUGAUGUGUACGGGUUCACGAUGCAUGCCAAGGAAGACAGUGAAGAGAGCAUUGUGAACCCAGGAAAGAAUGCUGAGACAUCCUCUUCUGGGCGCCAGAGUGAUACGUACCCCGAAAGCGAGGACAAGGUUGUCAAGAGUAGCACCGUAACUAUCACGUACGAUCAAGGAGAAGAAGGGCCGACUUCAGCAGCAACGUGA